CAAAGAAAGAAGGUAUACGCAAAACCGCGCUAACGUUUUAGAAUUUGAGAUUGGGAGUUUGGGACCAAUUUUCUCCGUACAACAAUGGAGGAUCGUUCGGAGAAACCAAACCCUAACCCUAAAUCGCACUUCAAGAACCAAAAUUACGACAAUACAAAGGGGGAGAAGAAGCAGAAGAAGAAGAGCGAAUUUGAGUUUUGCAAGGUUUGUAAGCUGAAUCACAACCAAGGGCCACGUCAUAAAUAUUUCCCUAACCACAAAAACUCCCUCUCCGCUUUCCUUUCUCGGAUUCAGAACAAAAUUAACGACAUUCGCUUCUUCUUGAAAAACCCCACCAUUAUUCGACCUGAACACGCCGAACGCAACCGAUUUUGGUGCGUCUUCUGCGAUGCUGAUGUCGACGAGCUCGAUAGCUCUUUCGCUUGUGAAAAUGCUAUUAAUCACUUGGUGAGCGCGCAUCACCUGAAGAAUUUGAAGCAUUUUCUCUGGCAAUAUGGUGGUAAGAUGGACUGUUUGGACAUGUAUAGGAUAUUGGAAACUGAUCUAACUAAGUGGCAGAAGAAGUGCAAGUCAUUGAAGAGUGAAGCUGUGGCUGCCCUUGGUGAAGGAUCUUGUGGAGUUGUAUAUGGAACUUCUUAUGAUAUCCAAAAUAAUGUCAACUUUGACAAAAUAAAUAAUCUUGAACAGAAUGAUAUUAACCCUCUCAAAUCAAGUUAUUCAAAUGUUGUUACGCCUUUACAGUACCAUACGAAUGAGUCUCAGAUAUCUAAUUCAAGAUUCUCCGAAGUUGCAAACUUUGGUUCAAAUUUGCAUGAUGUUAACUUUUCUUUGCCUGCGGCUGCAUGUUCCAAUAUUAGUUUGUGGAACUCGAAUGAUUUGACAGCUAACAGCAUAAGCCAACAUGAUCUUCUUUACAAGAAUGGAAUAUGCUCAGCCAAUGCUUACCUGAGUCAUAUUGGGGUGUGCCAAGUGUAUCAGGGUGGAAGCAUGGUGAAUAGAGAAAGCAGUUCUCAGGGUUUGCUGAGCCUAACUGAAGUUGCUUCCCUGUCAACAGUAGAUGCUGGAGGAAAUGUGCAUUCUGGAGCACCCCCUCCCUGGUUUGAAGCAAAACCAGCUUUAAGUAGCUUUAUUUCAUCAAAUAAGUCACAGAAAUCCUCUAAGUUGAAUCCAAAAAGGGUGGGAGCUGCUUGGGCUGAGAAGCGAAAGAUGGAGCUGGAGAAGGAGAAGAGAGGGGAGAUUGUCAAGAGUGAUUGUGAUGCUAACUGGCUUCCUAAUUUUGGUAGAGUUUGGCAGUCAGGUAGCAGGAAGGAAUCUAGAAAAGAAUUUGAGAUCGAGAAACAGAAGUUCCUCAAGGUUGAAAGUCAUUCUGAGAUGCCAAUUAAGAUACAGCCUUAUAUCAGCAAGCGAAUGCGAAGAGAUUUUGGUGAAUGAUAACUAGUGACCAUGCAAAGAAAAGAAACUCUGGUGAAGCUGAUGCUCAAAGAAUCAAGUAGCAUUCUUUUGUUUUUCCCCUCCCAUGGUGAAUCUAAAGAUUCACAGGGAGAAAUUUUCAGGAGAAGGGGCAGUGGGUCAUGGUGAUUUCACCCUAAGAUAUUUAGGAAAUGUUGAGAUCCUUAAAUGUGUUACACCUGGAUUCUUAUCCUACCUCUCAAAGUUGUGCACAUUGUACAGCAUAAGAAAUACAAAUUAUCUUCCCUCCCGGAUCUUUUACUUUCCUCACAAAAUGUACCAUUGGCUGUGUUUCGUUCUUUCUAUAGCAAGCAGAUGUGCUGUUUUGAAUUUGAA